CUGUGCUGCAGUGGUUUGUAUCAUAUCUAUCUAAUAGACUCCAAUUAGCUUAAGUAAAUAGAAAGUCCUACUCACACACUAAGGUUAAUCAUAGAGUUCCACAGGGUUCAGUGUUAGGACCAGUUCUGUUUACAUUAUACAUGCUUGGAUCUGGGAGACAGACACCCUCUCUACUUUUAGGAUUAGGGUAAAAACUUUCCUUUUUGAUAAAGGAUAUAGUUAGUCAGGAUUCAGGAUCACCUGAUCCAGCCCUAAGUUACACCAAGUUUAAGACUACUUAGGCCAUAGGCUGCUGGGGAACUCCCAUGAUGCAUGAGUGUUUUUCUUCAGUCACUUUUUCCACUUUUCCACCUCUCUGCAUUUAAUCAUUAGUUAUUAUUAAUCUCUGGCUCUCUUCCAUAGUGUGCCUUUGUCAUGCUUUCCUCCCCUCACCCCAACUGGUCAUGGCAGAUGGCCGCCACCAGGGACUCUGCUCCUGACUGCUGCUGCUGAUGCGCUUUGUGGCAAACUGCAUUACUCUACCACUUUUGCACCUUUUGAAUAUUUAGGCUUAAUUUUGGUUUAGUUUCUGUCAUUUAGUUUUAUUGACAUGUUUGUUUAAUCUUAUUAUGUUUGCUGCAACAGUUUUCUCCAGUGGGAAAUAAACUGAACUUUUAAAUCCUAGGAUCUUGGCAUCUUCUCUUGUCUCUCCAGAGUCUGUCAGGCUGAUGAAUGGGACCAGUCUGUGUUCAGGCAGACUGGAGGUGAAGUCUGACCAGUCUAACCCCAGCUGGUCCUCAGUGUGUGAAGCUGACUUUGACCUGCAGGAUGCAGAGGUGGUCUGUAGGGAGCUUGGCUGUGGGCCUCCAUCAGCCCUACAGGGGGGGCUCUAUGGAGAAGUGGAGGCUCCAAUGUGGAGCAAAGAGUUCCAGUGUGGAGGCCAUGAGUCUGCUCUCCUGGACUGUAGAAGGUCAGGCUCAGCUAGAAGCAGCUGCUCACCUGGCAAAGCUGUUGGACUCACCUGCUCAGAGCCUGUCAGGCUGGUGGGAGGAGCCAGUCACUGUGCAGGUAAAGUGGAGGUGAAACAGGCACACUGGAGACCGGUCUAUGGCUAUGACUGGACCCUGAAGGAAGCUGCUGUGGUCUGUGAACAUCUGGACUGUGGCUCAGCUGUUUCUGUAGGACAGAGAGAGGAGUCCGUUGAGAGAUCUGUGUGGUGGAUCAAAUCUAAUUGUGUUCAGUCUGGCUCCUCUCUGAGGGAGUGUGCAACAUCAUUGUCAUCAUUCUUCAUCCUGGAGCUCACCUGCUCAGAGUCUGUCAGGCUGAUGAAUGGGACCAGUCUGUGUUCAGGCAGACUGGAGGUGAAGUCUGACCGAUCUAACCAAAGCUGGUCCUCAGUGUGUGAAGCUGACUUUGACCUGCAGGCUGCAGAGGUGGUUUGUAGGGAGCUUGGCUGUGGGUCUCCUUCAGUUGUCCAGGGGGGGCUCUAUGGAGAAGAGGAAACUCCAGUGUGGAGCAAAGAGUUCCAGUGUGAAGGCCAUGAGUCUGCUCUCCUGGACUGUAGGAGCUCAGGCUCAGCUAGAAGCAGCUGCUCACCUGGCAAAGCUGUUGGACUCACCUGCUCAGAGCCUGUCAGGAUGGUGGGAGGAGCCAGUCGCUGUGCAGAUCAAACAGCUCUUAGCAUCAGAGUGGUCGUCCUGCCGCUGAUUCUGCUGUUGGAGAAUAUCGUCCUGUAUUUCUACUGGAAGGCCCGCAGGGGGCGUAUGCUGAGCAGACAGGAGACCAGUGGGCAGAUUGACUCUGACCUCAUCGUUUGUGCAUCUCCAGAAGGUCAAAAAGAGACCUCUACAUCAGUGUGAUUUCUUUUUCCCCUCAAAAACCUGUAUACAGCCAGACCCAUGCAGCGCUACUGUAAGCAAUAAAC